CCUACAUGGUGCAAGCACAGUGAGGUCAAACAAUGUAACAGUGAGUUUUAAAGGCAUCACACUCCCACCCAGUGACAUGUACUAAGAGGUGGGCCAUAGAGAAUGAUAGAGGCCUCUAGCAGCCAAAAUGCAGUUUUAGCAUGAGCAGUGCCAUUGAGGGAUUCCACCCUUUUAAAAUAGUCAACUGGGUGGAGAUUCCUAUGGGUUGUAGCCUCUAUCUGGCUCUGGUUAGGAGGAUUAGGUUAAGGUCAGGGAAAGAGUUAGCUAAAAACUAUCAACGUUUGAAGUCAAAUUUGACAAAAGCUGUAUCCAGUCUAGAUAUGACCUUAUCAAGUGGGUGAUCAAUCAAGGUGAUGUUGGAGAAAGACCUGCCUUUAUAGGCACUGCCCCCAGAAUAAGUAUAAGUCUCCUCUCUGUUGGGAGUAGAUCAGUGAGAAACUGCUUUGUGACAAAAGACUGACAUCUGAAAUGUAUAAUUACAGAUAAUCCUGUAUAAUGAGUAAGAAAGUUGAGGCACAAAUAUCAUACCCCCGAGACAUGCUAUCCUCUCACCAAUAACAGGGGAGUCUUCACCUCUGGUGCCCCACCCAAUGAAAAGCUUUCUGGGCAACCCUGAGGAGAGUGACCCCCUGAUGAGAUGGAGAAUUGGUUCGCCCUCUGUAUCUCAGAUACACUUGACCCAGGGGUUGGUGAAGGCAGGGCCACCUUCUGUUGACAGAGAGGAGUCCAGUUCAGCUACACAGGAAAUGUGUUCGCCUCCACCUCUGGUGCCCCACCCCAGGAACAUCUGUAUGGGCAAGCCUGAGGAGAGUGAUCCCCAGAGGAGAUGGAGUUAUGGUCCCUCUCCCCCAGACCCAUCUGUCCCAGGGCUUGGUGAAGGCAGACCUCCACCUCCAGUGCCCCACCCCAGGAAAAUCAAUAUGAGCAAGCCUGAGGAGAGUAAGCCCCAGAGGAGAUGGAGCUAUGGUCCCUCCUCUCCCUCACACACAUCCGGUCCAGGGGUUGAUAGAGGCAGAAAGCCAGGCUCCGCCCAGAAACCGCCCCCUGUGACCCAGAAUAAGUGGUCGGUGGGAAGGAAUCCUCCACAAGAAGGUGGUUGUGACCCUCCGGAUGGGGGGAGUGUGUCUGAAUUCAUUAAGAAGUUUGAAGCUAAAGAGGACCAGAACAAGCAGCUGGUGGUGUGUUGUCCUGUUGGUCCGCCUGCCGUCAUUUACAGGGAGGACUCCGUUCACCCUCUCUAUGAAAAGGUUUUGGCUAUGCAGGAAACUCGUACGUUUGGGUCACCUGCCUUUGUUGACAGAGAAGAAUCCAAUGACUACAUCUAUGAAGAGGUUUUUGCUACGCAUGAGACUCCUACGGUAACAGUUGAACAACGGAUAUGUGCAACCUAUGUUCACUGUGUAAGGCCACCUCCUCCAUUGCCGUUAAAGCAGUCACUCCCUCUGAAAGGCAGAAUCAAAACACUCUCAAAAAGCAGCAUUAGUGAAGAGGAAAAAGACAACAUCAAGGAUGCAGAUGGUCUGAUGGAAUGGUGGGAGAAGGUGAAAAGUGAACCAUGGAAAGAUCUGUCUAAAGACCCUAAACUGGCCAAGAAGGGAGAAGCAAAACUGUUCAAAGAGAAAGCCCAGCGGUUCCAGAAUGCAUUGCAGUUGUACAACCUCCUCCUGACUAAGCAUGGGGAGACCCUAAAGAACCACAUCAUUGACCUCAUCAGCAUCGCAGACAACUUAGACAAGGUUUCCAAGGGAACCAAGAUUGCUGGCAUCACCGGGGGCGCCACAGGGGCAGUUGGAGGGGUGGCGGCUGCAGCAGGGGUGAUCCUCGCCCCCUUCACCCUAGGGGCAUCACUGGCCUUGACAGUGGUCGGUGUCGGUGUAGCUGCAGCUGGAGGGGUCACAGGGGCCUCUGCAGCUAUUGCUAACAAAGUGAGCAGUGCACAGGACAGGAAGAAGAUUGAGUUGAUCCUCCAGGACUACCUGGCCCUGAUGGGUGACAUUGAAGCCUGCUUGAGGUUCAUCAACGUGGGCAUGGAGCACCUGAGGAAGCACAACCUCUCAACCCUCCAGGAGGUCGACACAGAGGCCGUCAGAGUGGUCAGGGUGGCCAUAGUGACAGGAGUGGGUAGCUCCAGUGCCAUAGAUGCCAGCAGUAAGGCAUCAGGGAUGCUCCAAGGCUUUGCUCUAGGCAUGGAUAUCUAUUUUACCCAGAAGGAGGAUGGCAAAGGUGGCCCGAAGCUGAAGAAGGGAUUGGAGUCCAAGUUUGGGAGAAAGAUACGCGAAGUGGCUCAGCAGCUGAAUGAAGGGCUGGAUGAAAUGAUCAAGGUCAAAUAUGAGCUAGUUGAAAAUAAUCUCAUCCUCUGAAGAAAGGGAAAGGGGGAUACCUGGUCAGUUGCUCAACUGAAAUGUCUUCCGCAUUUAACCCAACCCCUCUGCCUUAAUCGACAGCCCUACACACACAAACAUGUGGCUUCCUCAAGGCUUCUUUGGGAAGGGUGAUGGUUCCAGUGAUAUUUCUGAUGUUGGUGGCGGCUCAUUGGACUUGAUGUUAUGCGAUUACAUGAUUAAGGUCAGUGUCUUGUGAAGUGAGACUGGUUGACAGUCAGUAGUUCUCAAUUCUCUCCUCAGGGACCCUGAGCAGUUCCAGAGCUAGCAUACUUGAUUCUGUUAAUGGACAUAAUAGUAAAAACCGAUGGAAUUUUAAAAAUAUAACAUUGCUAUUAACCAGAAUAAAUAACCUUUUGAGAUCAUUCUCCAUGAAGUUUCUAUACAUGACCAUAAGGGUUGUAACCAUAACGGAACCCUUUGUCUAAAACUUUUUAGAAAUGGUUAUUUAUAGAACAUUUUGGUACCAGGUUUCAGUUCACUACCAGGUUUCAGAAUCACUGCAACAUUUUCCACUGUCAAAUCUAUUGUCAUAUAAACCAAUGUUGUGAAUAAAUAAAUAAUUAGAAGAC